AUGUACUGCGGAGACGACGUCGAGGCGGUGGUGGGUGACGUGGGCACGGCGCGGAGCAAGUUCGGGCUCGCCGGAGAAGAUACGCCGAAGAUCGUGCUGCCGAGCGCCGUAGGGCGUCGACCGUCGACGACUGGAGGAGCCACAGACGAAUCUUUGGAUGUGCUUGGAGAGCUGUGGCAUCGACACGAUCUGGAGAUUCUAAGGCCGGUUGAAGCCUGUGCUGUAGCCAAUUGGGAGGCACUGGAGAAGGUCUGGAGCUAUGCGUUCGACAGGCUGCACGUGGAUGCGAAGAGCCAUCCGGUCAUCACAUCGGCGGCGUCGUGCUUUGCCAAUGACGCGCUGCAUCACGCGGCGUCUAAGGACAGCGAGAAGUACAUGGAGAUGAUGUUUGAGACGUUUCAAGUACCGGCUUUUUACAUGGCGAAAGAUGCGGUGCUCGAUGCGUUUGCUUUUGGACGCUCGCUGGCAUUGAUAGCAGAGAUUGGGGCUGGUGCUUCCCGUGUCGUGCCGGUGUAUGAUGGUUAUGCACUGGAACGGCCGGCGCAGUAUUCGUCCGUGGGAUGUAAUGAGUUGUCGGAGUACUUGGAGCAAUUGGUGGCUACUCAGAAGCCUCAACCAGUGAAGGUGCGGCCGAGAGGGACGUUUGUACGGAAGUUGAACGGGCAGACGGGAGUACUGGAGACUAUACCAUUGCCGCAGCAACAUACGACGCCACCAGCGAUGCCAGCCAGUUACCUGAAGUUUGCGAGAGCAGAUCUGUUUCGAGAUAUGCGUGAGGCGGCGUGCGUCAUGUCAGAAAUGCCGCCAAAAGAUCAUGUUGAUGCUUUGGAUGGGCAGAAAAGUACGUCACCGGCACUGGUGCCGCCGCCGAAUUCAAUUGAACAGCAGUACGAGCUGCCUGACGGACAGAUUGUUGUGUUAGGAAAAGAGCGGUAUGACGUUCCUGAGUACUUGCUGCAUCCAAGAAACUUUGGAGGUGCUGUAGUCAAGAACGAGCAGCACGCAGCAGCGGCGGCAAAGGUCGCGGCGAAGGGUCUACAUCACAUGCUCUAUGAUGCAGUGCAUCUCUGCGACGCAGACUUGCGGAGGGAUAUGCUUACUAACAUCAUCUUGUGUGGUGGCGGAAGUCUUACUCCCGGAGUCACCGAGCGGCUGCACGCGGAGCUCACGCAGAUGGUGCCUAGCACAUUCAAAGUGCGCUUCACGACUGUGUCGAAGAUCGAGCGACAAUUCAGCGUCUUCAUCGGUGGGUCCAUAUUAGCAUCAUUGGGCUCCUUUCAGCAGCUUUGGGUGUCCAAGCGCGAGUUCGAUGAACUUGGGGCCCACGCCCUGUGUGCAGACCGCUUUUGCUAG